AACACGAGAUGUCUGUGUGUAGACAGGAUUCAGCUGACUGAGCUGGCAACUUUCUGAAUUGGCAGCUGGAUCUGGCUGCUGACGUCUGAACAAAAAUAGAGUUCAGGUGAGUUUGAUUCAGACACUGUGGCAGGUGGACAAGACUCAGCGAUUCUAUUUUACGGCUGGACUUGGCGAUCACACUCCAGGCCCUGCAGCUCGGUUUUCUGACCGUGUGAGAGCAGGCAGUGGUAUGAUACAUCUGCACCACAGGAAGCGCGACAGAAAUCUGCCACAACUAAAAUUUGCUGCUUCAUGAACAUUCUACAAAGUGUCACCCAACACAGACACAAAAAGCGGACGGAGGUCAGCAGUUCAGUUAUGCACCAAAAGCCACAACAGCACAACAUGCCCCUUGUGCUGCUUGUGUUAACAGGCAGCAGUGUCAUGGGGUCAAGAACAGAGUGCAGGGGUCAUCUACAGUCUCUCAAGUCACUGCUGCUCGAUAGUUACAGCAGCGGCUGCCCACCUGUUGAGGAGAAUAAAGCAACCGUUAACGUCAGCCUCGAUGUGCACAUCGCCGCCAUCUUGGAUCUCAACGCCGUUAAUCAGGUUCUGUCGAGUGUGGUCUACAUGUCGCUGACGUGGCAGGACCCAGCUCUAGCGUGGAACGUCACGGACUGGCAGGACGUGGACCUCAUCAGCCUGCAGGCCGGCGAGGUGUGGACACCGCAGCUGGUGUUAGUCAACAACGUCGGCGACAACCUGGUGGUCUCCAGUUAUGACUCUGUACAUGUAGACUGGCAAGGUAACCUCAUCGCCAGUGUCUUCAUGAAGCUUGAAACCACCUGCGAGAUAGACGUCAGCAUCUACCCUUUUGAUGUUCAGAAUUGUCGGAUCAUGGUAGCACCAUCCUAUCACUCCAGGGUGACCUUUACUGGAACAAGCUUAACCUUGACCUUUAUGAACGUGACCUAUAUCUCGGGUGAGUGGGAGUUGAAGGCGGCGAACUCUCAUGUGAACCAGGAGCUGUUGGAGAUCCAUCUACAGCUGUCCAGGCAGUGGCGCUUCUACACUUUGACAAUCAUCCUGCCCAUUGUGCUCCUGUCCCUCACUGGGGCCUGUGGCUUUCUCCUGCCUCCGCAAUGUGGGGAAAAAGUUUCUUUUCAGGUUGCUAUCAUGGUGUCACUGACGCUGUAUCUGAACUUCAUCAACGACGCCAUGCCCAAGACCUCCACCAAACUAUGCGGGUUUGCCAUCUACGUGGACCUGUUGCUGCUGCACAGUUGUCUCGCCUUCCUGGCCACACUGACCGUUCUCAGCGGCCAGCACCAACUAGCCAAGUUGGACCGGGACACAAAAGUGGUCAUGAUACAGGAGCCGGAAAGUGCGACGACAAUCAGUCGAGAUGACUUUGUGGCGAGUGCUCCACGCACACACCUGGAGACUGUGCGGACUGCGGGCCGCGAAUGGGUUAACAAGCUGCGGCAGUGCGUACGGCGAUGGUACUGUUGUUGCUGUUGUUUGCCACCUGAAUCGCUCGACAAAUUCUUCUUCUUUUUCUUCUUUUCUACAGCAGCAGGUCUUCCAACAGGUCUAUAUAUGUUGUUUGUGAAGAUGUGAUGCGAGUCUGUCGCUACCUGCCGCCACCCGACUCACAGUACCCGCCUAGAUGAGUAGCUGAUGGCUAACACGUACAAUGAGCCUAUAACUUUUUAAAAAUAUUAGCACUAGCUUGUCUGACCAUUAGAAGUAUGCCACCCAGCUAGUGAUGUGGCCACGUGGUCAGCUGUGUACAGAUAGUCUAUGUGUCAUGUACACGUGGUAUGUCUCAUUGUCAUAUAUACACGUUUGCUUAUGUGUGAAAUACACAUAUUCUGUCUUUCAUGCCUAGCCUACACGAUGUACAUUUAUAUACAAACAGCCUACGUGACAUGAGUAUUGUACAGAAUGUGUACACAGUGUGUGGUUUAUGUGUAAUGUAGGUGUUAUAUAUAAAUCGUAAUUGUUGUGUGUAUUCUAUAUGAAAUGCGUAGCUUACAUGUUAUGUACAGUGUGAGUUACAUGCACUCUACGUGUUACAUGUAGUCGACGUGUUGUGGGUAAUCUUCGUGUUACCGUUUUGUGUGUGGUCUACGUGCCAUAUGCAAUCUUUAUGUUACGUGUAGUGUAGUGCUAUAUGAAGUCUACAUGUUAUGUGGGAUGUAGGUGCUACGUGUGGUGUACGUGUUACGUGUAGUCUACGUGCAAAAGAAGUCUUCUUGCUACGUGUAGUCUAGGCUUUUGUAUGAUGAGCGUUAUUGUAGUUUCUAAGAUAAGAACAAUGGCAUUCCACUAAUUGCAAGUAGCAAUCACUAUUUGCGAAGAUCAUUCACAAGUGCCAAUCACACAAAACAUUAGCAGUCCUACAGAACAGACAUCAUUCAUGCAGAUCAAUCACAUUCCAGUAUUUACACAGGAUAACCCGAUAGUAAGUCAAAGUCAAAGUAAUUAUUUUUCUGGAACCUAGAAUUCCUAGAAACCUAUUUUUAGUCUCGCGCACAGUCACGUGAUCUUAUUCGUGUCUCUCUCCCUUUCUGUAUUCGCCACCUCCGGUGACCUAUUGAAUCCUUUAAACUUGCCUGAAAACACACCUCUCCGUAAACAUUACUCCUAACACCCUUUCCCAUCAUGCUCGUCCUUAUUCACACCCUUCCCUGCUAGUCUUUAUCAUGGUACUCUCAGUUCUUGCUCUUGUUAUUUGGUUCCUCUUUGUGUUUUCUGUAUUUGGUUUUAUUCUUCGUUAGUACUAUUGUUUAUUCUUUUACAGCUCAUAUGUUAUUUGUUUUCCUGUCCCUCGUAUGCUGUCCAUGUUUCGUUCUUGUUUUUAAGUGCUAAGAGCUUGCUCCUUAGGAGUGUGAGCAUGCGCUUAAAAAAUUUUUGCAUUUAUUAUUUUAUUAUUAUGAUGAUGUCACUGUAUGACGAGUCAAGAUGUGAUCUAAGAUGUUUGUAGUGAGAUGUCUAGCUGUGCACCCACAGGGGGAUCUAGCUGUGUACUCAUGAAAUGUCUUGUAUUUAUGUCUGUACAUGUGCAGAUAUCCACUAGUUGUUGAAAUGUUGAUUGGCAAUAAUAUGAGCUGACAGAAGUAUAAUACAGUUAUACUUUUAUUACUUUCAUGGUUACACGAAUCAAACAGGGUUACGUUCAUUGUCACAGUGGAUGAGCUUACUGACAAUACAGUAAUAAGCAAAAUAAAAAAGCAAGUAAAGGAUGUGUGUUGUGGUUGUUUUUAACUGGCACUUUACGGCCCUCUGCUUGUCUGUGUUUAUUAAACUCAGUAGGCGGAGGAGGAGUUGGUGUGUUUGUCUGUAUGUCGAUAAAGGUACUUGAGAAGAUGCUGUGUCUGUUUAUUAAGGUACUAAAUAGUUGGAAUAGUUUUAUACACCAGUCUGUUGUAUUACUGAAUAAGUGUUGGAAGGAUU